ACGCUGACGCUUCGCUCAACCCCGCCUUGCUUGACGCCCUCGCUGCUUCGUCCGGCUUGCCAUCUCAAACAGGAACGCCCUCGCGCUUCCUGCUUUCUUCCCCGUUAGUCGUCUUUCGGAGCGAUAUCAAACCGUCACCCUGGCCCUCGCUGCAGCCCAGGCCGUGAGGGCCCCAAUCUACCCAGUCAUGAACUUCGACUCGGGGACCGCCUACGCCGAGUCGGAUGCCGACGACGAGUACGAGAGAGACAUGCAUGGCAGCUCGCCCAUCGCUACCGACCUCGAGACCUCGCCCAUCGACUCGGACCCCCCAUCAGCCGAGCACACACCCACUACCUACGGCUACCGCUCGAGUGCCGACAGGCUACCCGAGACCAUCAUAUCCGAGUGGACCGCCGACGAGUGCGCCGACUUCGUCGCCAGCAUAGGCCUGCAACAAUACGCAGACAUCUUUCUCGAAAAUGAGAUUGUUGGCGAGGCCCUCAUCGCCCUCCAACAUGAAGACCUCAAGGCUAUGGGACUCAACAGUGUGGGCCACAGACUAACCAUCCUUAAGUCGGUGUUUGAUGUCAAGAAGGCCCAAGAUGUUCCCAUCGAAUCCGACCACUAUAUGCCGCUAACGGCCGAGACGCAAGCCCAAUCGUCGUAUGCCACGCUAAAAGACAUUAAGCUCCUCGUGGAGCAACUUCGCCUUCGGGAUGAGCGAAUAUCAUUAGUUGAGCAGGACAUCCGCAGGUUAAUGGACGAUUACAGGAGGUUACGGGAAGAUGUGCUCCCAGCAGUGCGCAUGGUAAAAGAUGCCCAGCAGCCUCUACCCAACCUGAGCAAUGGCCCGGCUUACGAGAGCACUUUGUCGCCCCCGGCGCCGACACCAUCAACCAGCCAGUCCGCCGCGGGACUGAAGCGCCAGUACUCGACCAAGAAGAUCAUGCUUGGAACAACUCCCAAAGCCACGUCCCCGACGCACCUACAAACAAACCACGAUCGGUCGAUAGUCGAACAAACCCUCGACCCGUCCAGCGCCGCCGAAAGAGCCGUCCUCUCGUCGUCACACCUCGCCGCCAUGAAUGGGUCCGGAGGAAGCGCCCCAUCACCAUCCUACCCCUCUCCCAAUAUGCCCUCCCCGACCUCGCCACCUACAGGCAUGCUAUCCGGCACCACCCUCGGCGCGCGCUCCUACCGUGCCGGCGGCGACCAACCGACGCCCUCAUCCCGUUCCACCUUCGCACCAGAAGACUCGUACAACCAAGCAAAGAACACGGCCCCGCGCAGGAUGCAGACGCCCGCGCCAGAAACGCCCGGCGCCGCAAGCAACGCCUCGGUCGAAAUCUUCAAGUCCUUCCGCGUCAGCAUGGACGACCCCUGCUACAAGGUCCUGCCCGCCGCGCUCAAAAAAUACCAGAUCAACGCCCCCUGGGACCAGUACGCCCUCUACAUCGUCUACGGCGACCAGGAGCGCUGCCUGGCCCUCGACGAGAAGCCCCUCAUCCUCUUCAAGCAGCUGGACAAGGAAGGGAAGAAGCCCAUGUUCAUGCUGCGCAAGACCAACAACGCCUCCGCCGACGGCGCCAACCCGGACGCGCCGCCCGGCAGCGCCGGGCUCAUGGGGCCCGGGAGCACCUCGGCCUCGGCCGCCGCCGCCGCCGCCGCGAGGGGCGCCGGUGCCGGCGUCGGCUAUGACCCGCCGGGAGGCAUCAUUUAGGGGGGGUUUGGGUGGACUCCUGCGGCCGUUCUGACUCGCGCGUGUGGGGUGGACGGAG